GAUACAAGGCUGCUGUUGAUAUAUGCUGGGUUUCUGUUGAAUUAGAAAUUCGAAUUUCACAAGUUCUGCUUGUGAAAAGCAAGUAAAGCAUUUUAUUAACUCCAGGAUAGCAGAGAUAGUUUGAUAAACACAUAAACACCAUCUUUAAACAGAAAUGGCUGGCUCAAGUCCAAACAGCAUGGACCCAAAGCCGCACAUAGAAAUCGUUGGCUUGAUUAAAGAACCACAUUUUCAUGUUGCCAAGAGCAUCACAGAGGGACUGAUACAGAAGUUUCCUCGUGAGUUUACGGAGCCAACAAUUCGCCCGCUGCUUGAAUUUGACUGGCAUGCCUAUCUGAGCAACCAGAAGAGGGAGAUGCGUGGCGAAGUAUGGGAGUUCUCCAGCGGUGUCAUGUGCUUCCUGGAUGGACAUUUCAUCGGGGAUGAGGGCGCUCUCGCCACUUGGGCCGAGAACCAGUGGGGCUUCACCUGCAUAGAGCCACAGGCUUCCUGUGUGGGCGAACACUACCUAAAACACCUCCAGUCAACCGGGCAUAGGUUCGUCUUCAUGGACAUUGAGAUUGGAGGAGAGGCAGUGGGGAGGUUGUUGUUUGAGCUCUUCUCAGAUGUAUGCCCAAAGACGUCAUGGAACUUUGAGGCCCUCUGCACAGGAGAGCGAGGCCUUUCGCCCAACGGCCACCCGCUCUGCUACAAGGGCUCCCUGUUUCAUCGCGUGGUGCCCAACGGCUGGGUGCAAGGCGGAGAUAUUUCUCCAGAACGGAGAGGAAAUGGAGGGGAGUCCAUCUAUGGACCAACCUUUGAAGAUGAGAGCUUUGCUGUCUCCCACACAAAGCGGGGAACUCUUGGAAUGGCCAAUAAGGGCCCUCACAGCAAUGGCUCCCAGUUCUACAUCACCCUGCAGGCCACAUUUUGGAUGGACAGGACUUAUGUUCCUUUUGGUCAAGUGGUUGAGGGUGUGGACGUCCUCAAGAGAAUAGAAGAGACCCCGACUAUCAAUCAAAGACCCAAGCAUGAAUGUACAGUGGUGAACUGUGGGGUAUUUAAGGUAUAGCUUCUGUUAUAUUAAAAACACAAAUAAAAUGUAUUG